UCCACCAGACAGCUCUGCAGUCAUCGCUGUCUCAUGAAAUAUUCACCACCCCUCAGUAAGCUUAUCAUCAAGGAGACGGCUCUCGCGCCAGAAGGCACCCGAGGGAAGGAGCACUGGAGAAGGGUCUGCACACAGCUGCUGACACCCAGCUGCUGACACGGCAGCCCCCAGGGCGUGUUUCCAGAACCCUCAGCCUCGCAAGGUGGAGAAAAGCCUGCCCUGAAGGAGGCGGGAGACGGGAAGCUGGAGUGGGGAUGUCGGGAUGGAGCCCUCGACCCCCUGGAAAGCUGGCUCCAAGCAGGAGGAGGGCUUUGGGGGGCAGCCCAGGAGGGUCGCUGACCUGGGCGCGGGCCCCAAUCUGCAGCGAAGCGACAGCAGUCUCCCCAAGAACAGGAGGUCCCAGUACCUCCUCGGCAACUGUGAAAAGCAAAAAAAUCUGAGUUCCUGGAUUCCUGAAAACAUCAAGAAGAAAGAAUGCAUGUACUUUGUGGAGAGCUCCAAGCUGUCUGAUGCUGGGAAGGUGGUGUGCGAGUGUGGUUACACGCAUGAGCAGCACUUGGAGGAGGCCACCUGGCCCUGUGCCUUCCAGGGCAAGGAAUGGGACCCAAAGAAGCAUGUCCAGGAGAUGCCAACGGACGCCUUUGGUGACAUUGCCUUCAUGGGCCUGGGUCAGAAGGUGGGAAAGUAUGUCCGCCUCUCCCAGGACACGCCCUCCAGCGUCAUCUACCACCUCAUCACCCAGCACUGGGGCCUGGAUGUCCCCAACCUUCUCAUCUCGGUCACUGGAGGGGCCAAGGACUUUAACAUGAAGCCCAGGCUGAAGAACGUCUUCCGCAGAGGCCUGGUCAAGGUGGCCCAGACCACAGGGGCCUGGAUUAUCACUGGGGGGACCCACACGGGCGUGAUGAAGCAGGUGGGUGAGGCCGUGCGCGACUUCAGCCUGAGCAGCAGCUACAACGAAGGAGAAGUCGUCACCAUUGGAAUUGCCACGUGGGGCACCUUGCACAACCGAGAAGGCCUGAUCCAUCCCACGGGUGGCUUCCCUGCCGAGUACAUCGUGGAUGAGGACGGCCAAGGGCACCUGACCUGCCUGGACAGCAACCACUCCCACUUCAUCCUUGUGGAUGACGGGACCCACGGCCGCUACGGGGUGGAGAUUCCCCUGAGGACGAAGCUGGAGAAGUUCAUAUCGGAGCAGACCAAGGAGAGAGGAGGCGUGGCCAUCAAGAUCCCCAUUGUCUGUGUGGUGCUGGAGGGGGGACCUGGCACACUGCACACCAUCUACAACGCCAUCACCAACGGCACCCCCUGCGUGAUCGUGGAGGGCUCGGGCCGCGUGGCCGACGUCAUUGCCCAGGUGGCUGGUCUGCCCAUCUCUGAGAUCACCAUCUCCCUGAUUCAGCAGAAGCUGAGCAUGUUCUUCCAGGAGAUGUUUGAGACCUUCACCGAAGGCAGGAUUGUGGAGUGGACCAAAAAGAUCCAAGACAUCGUCCGGAGGCGGCAGCUGCUGACCAUUUUCCGGGAAGGCAAGGACGGCCAGCAGGACGUGGAUGUGGCCAUCCUGCAGGCCUUGCUGAAAGCCUCUCGGAGCCAUGACCACUUUGGCCACGAGAACUGGGACCACCAGCUGAAGUUAGCGGUGGCGUGGAAUCGCGUGGACAUCGCCCGGAGCGAGAUCUUCACUGACGAGCGGCAGUGGAAGCCUUCAGAGCUGCACCCCAUGAUGACGGCUGCCCUCAUCUCCAACAAGCCCGAGUUUGUGAAGCUCUUCCUGGAGCACGGGGUGCGGCUGAAGGAGUUGGUCACGUGGGACAGCCUGCUCUACCUGUACAAGAACCUGGACCCCUCCUGCCUGUUCCACUGCAAGCUGCAGAAGGUGCUGGCCGAGGAGCCGGAGCGCCUGGCCUGUGCGCCCGCCGCCCCGCGAGUGCAGAUGCACCAUGUGGCCCAGGUGCUGCGGGAGCUCCUGGGGGAUUCCACACAGCUGCUGUACCCCCGGCCCCAGACCAGCGACCGGCCGCGGCUCACGCUUCCCGUGCCGCACAUCAAGCUCAACGUGCAGGGAGUGAGUCUCCGGUCUCUGUACAAGCAUUCAUCAGGCCAUGUCGCCUUCACCAUGGACCCGGUCCGUGAUCUUCUCAUUUGGGCCAUCGUCCAGAACCGCCGGGAGCUGGCAGAAAUCAUCUGGGAUCAGAGUCAGGACUGCAUUGCCGCGGCCUUGGCCUGCACCAAGAUCCUGAAGGAGCUAUCCAAGGAGGAGCAGGACACGGACAGCUCGGAGGAGAUGCUGGCGCUGGCUGACGAGUACGAGCACAGAGCCAUCGGGGUCUUCACUGAGUGCUACCGGAAGGAUGAAGAGAGAGCACAGAAACUGCUCAUCCGCGUGUCGGAGGCCUGGGGGAAGACCACCUGCCUGCAGCUGGCCCUGGAGGCCAAGGACAUGAAGUUUGUGUCCCACGGGGGCAUCCAGGCCUUCCUGACCAAGGUGUGGUGGGGCCACCUCUGUGUGGACAACGGGCUCUGGCGGGUGAUCCUGUGCAUGCUGGCCUUCCCGCUGCUCUACACUGACCUCACCUCCUUCAGGGAGAGGAGGCUGCAGGCCGUGCGGGGCCUGCCCCGCAUCCGCGCCUUCUUCACCGCGCCCGUGGUCAUCUUCCACCUGAACAUCUUGUGGUACUUCGUCUUCCUCUGCCUCUUUGCCUACGUGCUCAUGGUGGACUUCCAGACCACGCCCUCCUGCUGCGAGUACCUCAUCUACUUCUGGCUCUUCUCCCUCGUGUGCGAGGAGCUGCGGCAGCUCUUCUACGACCCCGCCGGGUGCGGGCUGAGGAAGACAGUCUUCGUGUACUUCAGUGACUUCUGGAAUAAACUGGACAUCGCUGCCAUCUUGCUCUUCAUAGCAGGACUGACCUGCAGGCUCAUACCAGCAUUGCUGUACUCCGGGCGCGUCAUCCUCUCCCUGGAUUUCAUCAUGUUCUGCCUCCGGCUGAUGCACAUUUUUACCAUCAGUAAGACGCUGGGGCCCAAGAUCAUCAUCAUGAAGAGGAUGAUGAAGGACGUCUUCUUUUUCCUCUUCCUGUUGGCGGUGUGGGUAGUGUCCUUCGGGGUGGCCAAGCAGGCCAUCCUCAUCCACAACGAGAGCCGGGUGGACUGGAUCUUCCGGGGGGUCGUCUACCAGUCGUACCUCACCAUCUUCGGGGAGAUCCCGGCCUACAUCGACGGCGUGAACUUCAGCCUGGACCACUGCAGCCCCAAUGGCACAGACCCCUACAAGCCCAAGUGCCCCGAGAGCGACGCCACCCGGCAGGCGCCCGCCUUCCCCCAGUGGCUGACCGUCAUCCUGCUCUGCCUCUAUCUGCUCUUCGCCAACAUCCUGCUGCUCAACCUCCUCAUCGCCAUGUUCAACUACACGUUCCAGCAGGUCCAGGAGCACACGGACCAGAUCUGGAAGUUCCAGCGCCACGACCUGAUAGAAGAGUACCACAGCAAGCCCCCGGCGCCGCCCCCCUUCAUCCUCCUCAGCCACCUGCAUCUCUUCAUCAGGAGGGUGGUCCUGAAGAUACCCGCCAAGAGACACAAGCAGCUCAAGAACAAGCUGGAGAAGAACGAGGAGGCCGCCCUGCUGGCCUGGGAGAUCUACCUGAAAGAGAACUACCUGCAGAACCAGCAGUGCCAGCGGACGCAGAGGCCAGAGCAGAAGAUCCAGGACAUCAGCAAUAAGGUGGACACCAUGAUGGACCUGCUGGAAAUGGAGCGUGUGAAGCGGUCGGGCUCCAUGGAGCAGAGACUGGCCUCCUUGGAGGAGCAGGUGGCCCAGAUGGCCGGAGCACUGCACUGGAUGGUGAAGACCCUGAGGGACGGCGGCUUCGGCUUGGAGGAGGGCGUCCCCACUCUGGCACCCCAGAAGGCCUCAGAGGGGCAAGACCCUGAGCUUGACGGAAGGCAGAAAGCAGAGGACCCGGGUGACGCCCACCACGUGAAUGCCCGCCACCUCCUCUACCCUAGUUCCCGGGUCAUGCGCUUCCCCGUGCCCAACGAGAAGGUGCCCUGGGAGACAGAGUUCCUCAUCUACGACCCACCCUUUUACACGGCCGAGAGGAAGGACAAGGACACGGUGGACCCUGUGGGGAGCACCCUGGAGCCUCUGUCCGGGAUCAGCUACAACGCCUUGGAUGGCCCCGUGGACCGCCGCAGCUCCCACGGCCCCUACGCCGUGCGGGACGGGCUCCCUCGGACACAGUGGGGAGUGGGGAGGGCGGGGACUUGCCCCAGCUGGCCGGGGCGCCUCGCCCUGCUUCCCUGAAGUCUCCUCGAUGACUUCCACUCCUCUGCGGUACAAUGCUGGUGACCUUGCUGGCCGACCUCCAUAGACGCCUGAGAAGGAAGCAGGAGUGACAGAAAGGACUCUGCCGGCAGGGGGAGCUGUUACAGGGCCACUGGGGUUACUUUAGGGGGUGGUGGCAUGUCCCAGCUUCUGUUCUCUGUAGGGACAGGCACUGAGCCCCAUUGUACAGGUGAUGCAUUGGGGUUACGUUUAGGGGGUGGUGGCAUGUCCCAGUGUGUGUCCUCUGUAGGACGGGCAUUAUGCCCCAUUGUUCAGGUGAGGUAUUGGGUUUACCUUUAGGGGGUGGUGGUGUGUGGUGCCCCAUUGUACAAAUGAGGACACCCCACAUAAAGAUGUAGGUGACUGGUGGUGUCACACCCAGAAAGCACUUGGUGACGGCCUACCUCCCAGCCUGGGGUUCUAGAGGAAAGGAGCCUCUCUGACCCGGGGUCACUGGGGAGGUGGCACCACCAGGGUCCCGAGGCUGAGGAAGGGGCCGUGAGAAUUAGAGGAAUGAGGGCACGCUACUGGGAUGUGGGGAGCCCCAUGGUGCAGGCGGGAGCUGAGGGGGCCUGAGGGAAGAGGCAGGUGGCGGGCCUCUUGGGGAAUGUUCUGGAACAGGGAGUGGGUUACUCUGCCUGGAUCCAGAGGCUGUGUAAGGAGGUGUGGAGACGGAUGGGGUCUGAGAACAGAGACGGUACCAGGAGUGGUUUCAGCUCUGGUGGCGGGAGGUUGUACAGGACGGGGCAGAGCGGCGUUAGAAAGGUGCAGGUGGAGCUGUGGGGGAGAGGGCAGUGUCUCAGGGGGACCAGCCAGGUGCCCGCGCUCACGUGUGCUGAGGCCUUCAGAUGCAGGCACCUGCAGUGCGGUGCAGUGCGAUGGGGUGUCAUGCACUCUCUGGGGGACACGUCGGCCACUUUAACACCUGGCGCAUCUGCAGGGGCUGACCUGCUCCCACCCCCCCCU